AUGAAAUUGUUAAUUUGGUUUUUAAUUCUUAUAAUAUCCUUACAAGUGGUAUCCAGUUUCCCGACAAUCGUAGGCUUCGGGAUGGUGGUAGAUAGACUGAAAUCAGGUAUUAAUACACUUUUAAGUGAUGUUAAAGCUGAUUUGCAGAUCGUUUUUUCAUCAACAGUGACAGCUUUCAAUGUGAUCGUAAACCGACCAGGAAAAGGUGCUGACGGCAACUUCGAGGUAACGUUGGCGACGAAGGCGACCAUCUACCACAUGGGGCUGGUGGAAUGGAAGCCUCCAGCCAUAUACAAGUCCUCCUGCGAAAUCGACGUCGAAUAUUUCCCUUUCGACGAGCAAACGUGCGUCCUUAAGUUCGGUAGCUGGACGUACGACGGAUUCAAGGUAAUUCAGAGGGAACGACCGCUCGCGCUGACCGCUCUGUUUGUCCGCAGCGCCGACGGCAACUACGAAGUCACGCUGAUGACAAAGGCCACCGUCUACUACAACGGCAUGGUCGUGUGGCAGCCGCCGGCCGUCUAUAAAUCGUCCUGCUCGAUCGACGUCGAGUUCUUUCCUUACGACGUCCAAACCUGUGUGCUUAAGUUAGGCAGCUGGACGUAUGACGGCUUCAAGGUGACGCCCCGCUGUACGCCGCUUGCCGCGCGGGCCAUAGCCGUAGGGCCCGACGCAGCCCGAUUUUAUGGAGUAGCGGUUGACUCUGCGAGUCCUCGAACGGUCGGGCGACCUCCGCUCCACCCGAUCGGCGUCCACCCGACACGGAAAGUUACAUUAGUGGCUGUUAAAACUCGGUGUCGCUCAUUGCAUGAUAUAAUUUUAAACAACAAAGACGAAACAAUAACAACAUCACUUGAUAAUGUGUUUAACAACCUUCUCGAUUCAUUGAAAUGUAUAACGUGGUGUGAGCAUGGAGCUGUUGUAGCUAAAACUAACUUAAUAACAGACCCUGUUAAGCUAUUGACAGCUCAAUUCCAGCAAGCUAAAAUAAUACGUCAAGCGUGUGUACAGGUCGAUCUAAGGCAUAUGGACGAGCAGGCGGGGAGUAACAUCGUAUCCGUCGGGGUGGACCUUUCAGAGUUCUACAUGUCUGUCGAGUGGGACAUACUUGAAGUGCCAGCUGUAAGAAACGAAAAGUUCUACACGUGCUGCGACGAACCGUACCUGGAUAUUACAUUCAACAUUACUAUGCGACGCAAGACACUCUUCUACACUGUCAACAUCAUUAUACCUUGCAUGGGCAUUUCCUUCCUAACUGUGCUGACGUUUUAUCUACCUUCUGACAGCGGCGAAAAGGUAACUCUAUCAAUAUCGAUUCUUAUCAGCCUCCACGUGUUCUUCUUGCUGGUUGUGGAAAUUAUACCUCCCACGUCUUUGGUGGUGCCUCUACUUGGAAAAUAUCUCAUAUUUGCUAUGAUACUGGUUUCAAUAAGUAUAUGCGUGACGGUGGUAGUUUUAAACGUCCACUUCCGUUCACCACAAACCCACCGGAUGGCGCCGUGGGUGAAACGGGUCUUCAUACAUAUUCUACCGCGUUUGCUGUUUAUGAAACGGCCGCAGUACAAGUUUGAUACUACGAGGUCCCGGUUUACCACGUGCGGUGUUGUGGUGCGUUGUGGUGGUACAGCGCGUCCCCUCUAUCCGUACAGACUGGCUGCCGCUGAAGAUGACUGCUGUGCCCCUGGUGCUUGGCCCCCACCUGCCACACCCCUCAGACCACUCACCAGAACACCGAGUAAAGAAGACUUAACGCACACCACUUAUGUACAGUCCGGAGUAAGCGACAGCAACCGUUUUGGCGGCAGCUGUGUUGUUCACGGGUCUUCUGAGGGUGGAGCAUUGGGAGCCGCGGAAGACGAAGCCCUAAGCCCUGUGCCUGACCCACCACCGGGAUUCAGUCAUUCUUCAUGUCCGCCCGAGGUCCAUAAAACAUGCUUCUGUGUCCGCUUUAUUGCAGAACAUACGAGAAUGUUAGAAGAUUCUACUAAGGUAAAAGAAGAUUGGAAGUACGUAGCAAUGGUGCUAGACAGACUUUUCUUAUGGAUAUUUACGCUAGCCGUACUAGUGGGAACAGCUGGGAUAAUUCUGCAGGCGCCCACGCUAUAUGACGAUAGGGUACCCAUAGAUAAACACUUCAACCAGAUAGCCACCUCCACGCUUGUCAGGUGUCCACCACCCUCGUAA